AUGGGCUUUGAAGCCGCAAGUCUAAAGCCGGUCUCGUACCCAGUUAUCGGUUUCACAGGCGCCUCUAUAGUUCCAGAGGGAACCAUUAAGCUGGCUGUGAAACUGGGGGAGGGGGCUCACUCCAGAGACCUGCUAGUAGAGUUCCUAGUGGUCAAAGUACCGGCAGCGUACAACGCCAUCCUAGGACGACCUCUGAUCCAUGAUGCUCAAGCCGUCGUUUCAACUUACCACCUCACAAUGGUCUAUACCUCAAAUGACGGCAACCCCGAGAAACUCCGAGGAAACCAGGAAUCGGCAAGGUCAUGCUAUCGGACGGCUCUCAGACACUCUGACCAUAAGCGACCUGCUGAAACGCCACCGUCGGAAAGAAAGAAGCGCCGGCUGGAAAACAAGGCCAAAUAG